AUGUAAUGUCCGGUAUCGUGUAGUGCAUUUCAAAUACGCUCUAUGAAUAUGACUAAUCCUAUUUAGUCGACUUAUUACGAAAGUUAUUUUUUAUUCUAGUUAAAUUCCGAAAUGCCGCAAAACGAGUAUAUUGAACGUCAUCGUAAAUUAUACGGUCGCCGCUUAGAUUAUGAAGAAAGAAAAAGAAAGAGGGAGGCUAGAGAGCCACAUAAAAGAUCACAAGUGGCUCGGAGUCUUCGCGGUAUAAAAGCAAAGAUAUUCAAUAAAGAACGUCGAAAUGAAAAAAUACAGAUGAAAAAGAAGAUCAAGGCACACGAAGAGAAGAAAAUUAAAAAGACUACUGAGAAAGUAUCUGAAGGUGCCUUACCAGUUUAUCUACUAGAUCGAGAUGUUCAAUCAAGAGCCAAAGUAUUAUCCAACAUGAUAAAACAAAAGAGAAAAGAAAAAGCUGGCAAAUGGGAUGUACCAAUUCCAAAAGUUAGAGCACAAGCCGACGCCGAGGUACUCAAAGUUGUUAAAUCCGGUAAAUCUAAGAGAAAAGCUUGGAAAAGAAUGGUUACAAAAGUUACAUUCGUCGGUGAGGGAUUUACAAGGAAACCUCCCAAGUUUGAGAGAUUUAUUAGACCCAUGGCUCUCAGAUUUAAGAAAGCUCAUGUCACACACCCUGAACUCAAAGCUACUUUCUGUUUACCAAUUAUAGGCGUUAAGAAGAAUCCUAGUUCGCCCAUGUUCACUAGCUUGGGAGUCAUAACCAAGGGUACAGUCAUCGAAGUUAAUAUUUCAGAGCUGGGUUUAGUUACGCAAGCCGGUAAAGUCGUGUGGGGUAAAUACGCCCAAGUUACAAACAAUCCAGAGAACGAUGGAUGUAUUAAUGCCGUAUUAUUGGUUUAAUUCUUGUUUGUAAUAUGUAUUUUGAAAUAAACUUGUUUUUAUAAUA